UGUCGCAAUUGAUGUUUAGGUUCAUACCUAUAUACACAAACACACCCACACUGAAAGCCAAACAUACUCGCUCCCUCCCUUUCCGUCUCUCUCGCUCUCGCUCUCUCUCAUUCCGUGAAAGCAGCCAAACUGUCAGUGACUGUUGCAAAUACACUCUCCGCAGGCUGCCAAGGAAGGAGGCUGGAAGAGCCCGACUGAAUCAUACACACUGUAAGGCGGAGUGAGAGGGAGCUUCCUCUUGCUGUGCUGAUCUGAGGCAGCCUCCAAAUGAUGCCUGCCACUGCGAGUAGCAACUAGUCUGGAGCUUCUACUCCCUCUCACCAUGAGGAGAGGCCGUCUGUUCUUGGCUGGCACUUUAACAGCCCUCUUCUCAGCUGAUCUCUACUUCAUCCUGCUGCCAAAGCUACGGAAGGCGGCGCGGGAAGAGAGUUGCUCAUGCAGCCAAGAGAACUUCACCCUCCAGGGGUUUGGUGGACUCGUCUCCCCGUGGCUCUCCAACUGGACUUCAGAGGUGCCUGGAGUCUCAUCUGAACCAGCAGAUGGAAGCUUGAAGCUCAGGCGUUUGUUCGCUCAUCCUCUGUACAACAUCCAGACCCCCUCGCUGGGACCAGAGGAGAAACUUCUUCAGCUGGAGCAGCUGAUGGAGUACUACCAAAAGAAGGUGUCACGCUGGAAAAGACAUAUGAAGCUCUACAAAGAGGCGGCGGCUGCUUUCUCCAACUUCACCGUGGUCGAGCAUGAGGUGACUCUGGACCCUGAAGCCAGCUGGCUGAAGUUCCACCUGGGAAUAAAUCGCUACGGCCUGUACGACCGAGACGACGCGGCAAUCCCAAAACUUCUCCGGGAUAUGGAGAAUAUGACAGUCGUCAACGCAGACUACACCCAGGAUGAAAAAGCUUUGAAAGGAGUCUGUGAUUGCUCCAAAGUGGUGAAGCCCAGUGGACACCACCUGAAACUGGCCCUGAAGAUGCAGGACUUUGGGAAGGCCAUGUUCAAGCCAAUGAGGCAGCAGAGGGAGGACCAGACGCCUGAAGAUGUCUUCUACUUUGUGGAUCUUCAGAGACACAACGCGGAGAUCGCUGCCUUCCACCUGGACAGGGUCCUGGAUUUCCGCAGGGUUCCUCCGGUGACUGGCAGACGGCUCAACCUGACAGGAGAGGUCCUUAAUGUCACCCACAAUGAUGACCUGCGGGCCGUCUUCUUCACCUCGCCUGUCAACAACACGUGCUUCUUCGCCAAGUGCCUGUAUGUGUGCAAGACGGAGUACGCCGUGUGUGGAAGCCCCGACUUGCUGGAGGGCUCCCUGUCGGCCUAUUUGCCCAGCCUCAGUCUGGCUCCCAGAAUCUCCAUCCCAAACCCCUGGAUGCGCUCGUACACCUUCACCGGAAAGGAAGAGUGGGAGGUGAACCCCUUCUACUGUGACUCGCUCAAGCAGAUUUACCCGUACAACUCCGGCAACCGGCUCCUCAACAUCAUGGAUAUGUCCAUUUUUGACUUCCUGACAGGCAACAUGGACCGCCAUCACUACGAGAUAUUCACCAAGUUUGGAGACGAAGGACUGCUGCUGCACCUGGACAACGCUCGGGGGUUUGGAAAACACGCUGAAGACGAGAUGUCCAUCCUGGCGCCUCUGAGUCAGUGCUGCAUGAUCAAGCGCUCCACCCUGCUGAGGCUGCAGCUCCUGUCCAGGCCCGAAUUCAGACUCAGCGAUGUGAUGAGAGAGUCCCUCCGGGCCGACUCCUUGCAGCCAAUUCUGACUGAACCGCACCUCCUCGCCCUGGACCGUCGGCUACACAAGGUCCUGGAGGCGGUGCAGCACUGUGUCAGGACGCUGGGAGAAGACGAGGUCAUCACAGAGGACUUCCUUAGAUCUACUGAGAGAACUUCCACACCGUCAGAGAAGGCUCGGUAGCAGAGGUCAUGGCUCUGUUCCUGAGUCUCUCACAUGCUCAGAUGGCGCCGAUUUGUCAGGACCGCAGGAUGAAGUGACUCAUGCUGACAUCACAUCUUUAUUUAUUGCUACUCAAGUUGGAGAAAGUGCUGCACUUUAUUUAGUGUAAGACGCAGCAACAUCCAGAGUUUUGUCAACUGAUAUUUGGACGUGUUUGAAGGACCCCAGGAACCAAACUGCAUUGUACCCUUCAGACAUGAGCUGUCGGCCAUUACAUGUCCUCAGUGGUUCAACAGUCAGGAGACUGGGAGGAAACCAGAACUUCAGACAGAUUCAGAGUGAAGUCAAUGUUGUUUUAAAAAGAAUCAUCCCACCUUUUGUGUCUGUUUGUCAAAGUUAUUGUCUUAAAUUUAUGUUUUUUGCGAUGAAUACAUAUCGAUUUGUGGAAGCCUGGAAAGUUGCAAGUAUGUGUUAAAGGUAUCUUCCAGACUGAUAAUCCAUCCGUCUCGUGUGGCUUUGUUUUAAUU